AUGUCUAUCUCGCUGCCGAACGGAACCCUGCUCGCCACUCCUGCGGCGCAGACGCAAUACACGGCGGCCGUGACCCGGAUACUCCACCUCUCUAGCUUCCCCGCCGAGCUCAAGACCCGGGACCUGCAAGCCAUGUUCAAGGAGUACGAGGGCGAGAAGGGCGGGUUCAGGAUCAAAUGGGUGGACGACGUCAAUGCCCUGGUGGUAUUUGUCGAUGCGGGUGUUGCCAAACGCGCAUACCUCAAUUUCCUCCUUUACCCACCUAUGGCCUUCCCCGCUCCGGCCAAGAUCCGUCCCUACGACCGCCCCGACGCCGCGCAGAUCAUUCAAACCCUCACCGCCCGUACCAUGGGCCAUCGCUCCUCCAUGUCCAACGCCAUAUCCACCUCGGGCGGACUACACACCGUCCAGCCCGGCCAACCCUCCAUUGACGGUCUACCAGGCUUCCACUCGCGCGCAAUGUCCAUGAGCAACGGCAUGAAUCCCUCUUCGGCCACCUCCUCCGCCCCUACUAUCCCCGGGACUAUCGGCGGCGGAAUGGGCGCCUUCGCCUUCCCCAAAUCAGGAACUGGCCGGCCCAUGUCGGGUCUCGCUUCCCGUACCCAGGUUGCGACCGGGGCGGGGCACGGUCGUUCCGGUUCCGGUUCUGCCUCAUUCUCCAGGCAGGCAGGCUCGGGGCUCGGCGCUCUCAACUUUGGCGGCUCCCGCUUGCCCACCCACGCGGAAUCGCUCGACUCGCCCGCUCGUCCUUCAGCGCCAUUCCCGGUCAGGCGGACGACCAAGGAGAUGGAACAGUCCCGCUCAAACGAGAGCAGCGACACGAGCACAGAGGCUAUAGUGGUCAUGGACCAUGCGCCGCUAUCGGGCGGGGUGCCGUUGGGGCUGGGACUCGGAGCGGACCCGAUUCCGGGCGGAGGGAGCGGGUUUGGGCAGUGGAAGAUGCCUAGCAAGGCCGGCGGGGGUGCGCGGAGGGAGAGCAUGUCGGCAGAGAAGGCGAUGAGGGAGGUGGAGAAGGCACUGGCGGGUGUGGAGGCGAGAUAG